GUCAUAGCAUAACAAUGGUUGUUUUCCAACAGUUCGCCAGAUUCCUUCACACCACACGUGCUGUCUAUGCCGGUGCUGAGAAAAGCGCCUUGGCCGCUUUGAGAAAAAAGACCGGUUACACCUUCGCCAAUUGUAAGAAAGCAUUGGAGCUGCACAAUAAUGAUAUUAAUUUGGCCGAAAAAUGGUUGAAAGAACAGGCUCAAAGUCUUGGCUGGUCCAAGGCCACCAAAUUGGCUGAACGUGCCACAGCCCAGGGUUUGGUAGGUGUAUUGGUGCGUGGCAAUAUUGGAGCCAUGGUUGAGGUGAACUGUGAAACAGAUUUUGUGGCACGCAAUGAUAACUUUAAGAAUUUCGUGGAUCAUGUGUCGCGGGUAUGUGCCCAAUAUACCGAAUUGACACAAUUCGAUGGGGAUUUGUGGAAGUCCGGUUUUGAAGCUGAAGCCUUGAAAAAUCUCAAAACACCCGAUGGCAAGUCUCUGGCCGAUCAUUUGGCCCUGCUCAUUGGUACAGUAGGUGAAAAUGCCUCCAUUAAGCGAGCCAUUUGCUUCAAAGUUAGCAACGAUUUACAGUUGUCCGGUUAUGCCCAUCCCCAAUCGUCGGCUGCCAUUUGCCCACAAAAUGUGACUCAGCUGGGUAAAUAUGGUGCCAUUGUUGCAUUCCGUGGUAAUAAAAUCGAUGAGGAAUUGCAGAAAAAUCUCUGUCAACACAUUGUCGGUUUGAAUCCCAAGAAAGUGGGCGAAGAGGGCAAAGAUGAACCCAAUGCCAAUAAGGAUGAAGAGACCUGUUUAAUUCAUCAAGAAUAUCUCAUCGAUGAUGAUAAAACCGUUGGUGAGGUGUUGAAGGAGAAUAAUGUUGCCAUUAUUGAUUAUCAACGUUUUGAAUGUGGUGAAGUGGCAACCAAUGAUGAUUUGGAACAGGCCAAAAUGAGUAAUUGACAAAUGCGCCAAGGAAAAGUUAUGA